AUAAAUGUUUAUACAUGAUAAUAUAUAUUAAUAUGUAUAUUCAUAAUAAGGCGUAUUGUUCUUUAUAAAAAAUUUAAAUAAUAUAAAAAUUCAUAAUUUAUAAAUCACAUAAAGCACAUUGGGCAAUAUUGUCAAUUAAAUUUUCUUUGAAUCAUAUUUUCUCUGAAACGCAAUAUACCCCAUAAUACAUUGGACUGAAUUAAAAUCGGAUCUAAAAUACAUCGCAUUUACAAAGUUACAUUUCAUGUAACAUUGAUAAUUUAUAAAUAAUUUUUAUAUUCAUCGGAUCUGUUACACUAAAAAAAUUAUUACUUAAACGCAUCAUAGAUUGCUUGUCGCUUAGCAAUUAGCAUCAAAUUGUGAUAGAACAUAUAUAACAAAAUGGUUAUGUAUAUAAGAAAGUUAGCUUUACCGUUAUCACGAUUGAAUAGAAUAGAUUUUACAUUAAUUCGCCAAAUGAGCACUGAUCUACAAUUAGAUUCUGUAAAAUCUUUGUCCUACAAAGAAUAUGGAGAACCUGCAAACGUUUUACAUAUUACAACACAGACUAUUUCUCAGCCAGGAAAUAAUCAGGUUUCUGUAAAAUGGUUAUUAGCACCUGUUAAUCCAGCGGACAUAAAUACAAUACAAGGUAAAUAUCCAAGUAAACCACCUUUACCAGCUAUUCCAGGAAAUGAAGGAGUUGGUGAAGUAAUAGCUGUUGGACCCAAUGUAAAAAAUUUAAAUGUUGGAGACAGAAUUGUUCCAAAUGGUGUAAAUUUAGGAACAUGGAGAACGCAUGCAAAUUAUAGUUCAGAAGAAGUUAUGAAGAUUCCUAAAGAUGUUGGACCCAUAGAAGCUAGUAUGUUAAAUGUAAAUCCAUGCACUGCUUAUAGAAUGUUAAAAGACUUUGUAUCAUUAAAACCUGGCGAUACUGUGAUUCAAAAUGGUGGAAACUCUGCAGUAGGACAACUGGUUAUACAAUUAUGUAAAAUAUGGAAUUAUAAAUCUGUCAGCGUUAUCAGAGACAGACCAAAUUUACAGGAAUUAAAGGAUCAUUUAACCAGUUUGGGUGCAGAUGAAGUUUUAACUGAGAAGGAAAUAAGAAGCACUCAAAUUUUUAAAAGCCAAAAAUUAUCACCACCAAAAUUAGCUCUUAACUGUAUUUGUGGACAAAAUGCGUUAGAUGUUAUGAGACAUUUAGCACAUGGAGGUAUUAUGGUAACUUAUGGUGGUAUGUCCAGGGAACCUUUAACAGUUCCAACUUCUGCACUUAUCUUUAAGGACAUAACUUUGAAAGGAUUUUGGAUGACGGCAUGGACAAAAGCAAAUAUAAAUUCUAAAGAACGUGUAGACAUGUACAGUGAAUUAGGAACAUUAUUCCAAGAGAAAAAAUUAAAAGCUCCGCCACAUAAGUUAGUACCAUUUUGUCAGUUUCAAGAGGCUGUUAUAAAUGCACUUAAUGUCGAUGGUAGAACUGGAGUAAAAUAUAUUUUAGAUAUGACUAAAUCUUAAAUUAAUUCUUUUUUUGAGUAAUAGGAAUUUUAUAAUUUCUUAAUAAAACAGUUACAUUUUAUAAAUAUUUAGAAUCUUAAAAUAUAAU